CUGGCCGGGAAUGGAAAAAAUCACUCAAAAAUCUGAUUUUUUUUCCAAACAAGAGAAAGAAUGAAAGUUUCUGGUUCAUCAUAUGAUAUAAUACUCGGCAAUAUAUAAGCACUGCCAUGAAUGUAAAGCUAAGCUAGGGGCGUGAACCAAGUGAUGAUUGUCCUUUUCUCUUCCAAUUACUACAUAAAUAUGAGCAUGCAUACCUUUAUUAACACUUCAUAUAUAAUAAUUGAUUUCUUCCUGUGGUUAGGGGGAUCUGCAGUCAACCCACUCUCGUGGGAGGUAAGGCUCAAAAUCCUGAUUGAUGCAGCUCGAGGUCUGGCAUUCCUCCAUACAUCAGAGAACAAAGUGAUUUAUAGAGAUUUCAUGGCCUCAAACAUUUUACUUGAUGGCUCAUAUAACGCAAAGAUAUCAGACUUCGGCUUAGCAAAGUUUGGACCUUCAGCCAGCCAAUCACAUGUCACCACUCGAGUUAUGGGAACACCCGGAUAUGCUGCCCCUGAGUAUGUUGCAACAGGUCAAUUGUAUGUAAAAAGCGACGUGUGUGGUUUUGGUGUGGUUGUGGUGGAGAUGCUAACAGGAUUACGGGUCGUAGACCUGAACCGUCCAAAUGGACAACAAACUCUUGUUGAAUGGAUUAAGCCACAUCUUGCAGAGAGAAAGAAGCUAAAGGAUAAAAUGGAUUCUCGGUUGGCGGGAAGGUAUCCUUCCAGAGCUGCUGUACAGAUUGCCCAACUUGCUUUGUCAUGUCUAGGAUCUGAGCCUAAGAUGAGGCCUUCUAUGAAAGAAGUAGUGGCAACAUUGGAACAAAUUGAGUCUGUAGAUGAGAGACCAGGACCAACAAGGAAGACAACUAAUAAUUCUAGAAACACUAAAUCUUAUAGACACGGUGGCAGUGACCACCGACCUUUGCGUCACUCUCCUCCCCCUCUUCACCCACCUCGGAAAGAUCCAAUCCACAGUCGGACAUAAUUGAAUACUGAUGUUCUGUACAUGCCAUUGGUUUUUUCCUUCAUUCUAAUAAUGUAUAUAGUAGCGCUAAAAUUCUGUGCAUGUGUAUCAUAUGUAAGAGAAUUUCAUGUGGUUCAUAUACGGACUAUGAAUCCAAGAAUGUAGCCAUUACAUGAUUUUGGGUAAAAGAUUAUGUGAAAGUUUCUUUCUAAC